AUGGAUUGGGAACAGCUCCGAAGCAGGCCAGUCAUGGCAAGAGGGUCCUUCCGGCAGGCCUACAAGCUCAAGACGGCCUGGAUGCUGAUGGAACACUUCGAACACCUUCGUGCAGAGUCGUACAGAUACACUGUGCGGCUACGUACAGAUUGGCACCCUACGAUUUCGAUAGCUGAUUUAUUGCAAUCUUCCCAGAUUGUGCCAGGUAGCAUCUAUCAACCUUCCGAUGUGUUUGCCUAUGGUCUCCGGCACGGUAUGCAGCAGUGGGUCCUGUACCGUUUCAGGCUCAUGGAAAACAACUUGUCAAAUGCUUUGGUCGAAGGCGUGAAGCAUUACAGGCCCUUGAAUUGGAGCCUUGUCGCAUUGAGUGAAGUCGGAUGUGGUCCAUUCUCCUGGCUCAUGCUCCCACGAGAGGUCAUUGGUGACAUAUCCCAACUUGGUCCAUAUUGGCCGGCAGAGUAUCCCACUGUGGUCCUUGACGCGGUCAGAUUCCACGCGAGCCACCUUCUGCAAUUUGAUGCGAAAUUGAUGGCAAAGCUAUCUGACAUCCAUGAUUCUCGGGCAUCCAUCUCUCCAUAUCGCGACGUCCCCGCGGUGAGCGUCAAGUGCUGCACUUCGGAUGACUUUGAAAUCGAGCUGGCCCCUUUUGCACAACUUGUAUGA